CCUUGUGUCUUGUUGCUGACUUGACGAUGAUGCUGCGGUCUGCUGCUAGUCCCAUACCGGCCAGGAAGGCACCCAAUCCAUCCAUCUGCUGUGUGUCUGUAUGAGAGAGUGUGUGUGUGUGUGUGUGUGAGGGUGUCUCGUUGGGAAGUGCCAUCCUCGGGAUUGUGUUGCAGUGUGAGCCGGGUGGAGCAGGAGCAGCAGCAGGAGCAGCAGGAGCAGGAAGGAAGGAGAUCCACAAAGACAGGAGAGCCAUAGCCAUGUCUUCCAGCUCAGCGAUGGUGCGGAUCCUGAUCAAGGGCGGCAAGGUGGUGAACGACGACUGCACCCAGGAGGCGGACGUCUACAUCGAGAACGGGAUCAUCCAGCAGGUGGGGAAGGAGAUGAUGAUCCCCGGCGGGGCCAAAGUGAUCGAUGCGUCGGGGAAACUGGUCCUUCCCGGAGGCAUCGACACCAGCGUCCACCUGGAUGAGAGCUUCAUGAACGCCACCACGGCCGACGACUACUACAGCGGCACCAAGGCGGCUCUCGCUGGCGGCACGACGAUGGUGAUCGGACACGUUCUGCCAGAGAAGAACGAGUCUCUGCUGGAGGCGUACGAGACGUGCCGCAGCCUGGCCGACUCCAAAGUCUGCUGUGACUACGCUCUGCACGUGGGAGUGACUUGGUGGGGACCCAAGGUACAAGCCGAAAUGGAGAAGCUGGUGAGAGAGAAAGGAGUGAAUUCCUUCCAGAUGUUCAUGGCCUACAAGGACACGUUCAUGCUGAGAGACGGCGAGCUGUUCCAGGCCCUGCAACACUGUAAAGACAUUGGAGCGAUCGCGAGAGUCCAUGCUGAGAACGGGGAGCUGGUGGCAGAGGGUGCAAAAGAAGUACUGGACUUGGGUAUCAGCGGACCAGAGGGGAUUGAAAUCAGCAGGCCUGAAGAGCUGGAAGCAGAGGCAACUCACAGGGCGAUUACCAUAGCCAACAGGGCCCACUGUCCCAUCUAUCUGGUGAACGUGUCCAGCAUGUCUGCGGGAGACGUCGUGGCUACAGCAAAGAUGCAAGGUAAAGUCGUCCACGGGGAGACAACCACAGCCCACACUGUUCUGAACGGUAUGCAGUACUAUCAUCAGGACUGGGCAUAUGCUGCUGCCCAUGUCACGGUGCCUCCCCUCCGUCUGGACCCCAAUACUCCCAAUGUCCUAAUGAGUCUCCUGGGAAAUGACACGCUGAACGUCGUGGGGUCCGAUCAUCGUCCGUUCACCGUCAAACAGAAAGCCAUGGGUAAGGACGAUUUCACAAAGAUCCCCCACGGUCUCCCUGGCAUUCAGGACCGCAUGAGCGUCAUCUGGGAGAAAGGAGUGAUUGGGGGUAAAAUGGACGAGAAUCGCUUUGUCGCAGUCACAAGUUCAAAUGCGGCCAAGAUCUACAACCUCUACCCCAGGAAAGGCCGGAUCAUCGCAGGAGCAGAUGCUGAUAUCGUGGUCUGGGACCCCGAGGGAUCAAAGACCAUUUCUGUGGACAAUCAGGUCCAGGGAGGGGAUUUCAACCUGUACGAAGGCCUCCGUUGUCACGGCGUACCCCUGGUCACCAUCAGCCGUGGGCGGCUGGUCUAUGAAAACGACAUGUUUACGUGUGCCGAAGGCUCUGGGAAGUUUUGCCCUCUGAGAACCUUCCCAGAUUAUCUUUACAAGAAGAUGGUUCAGAGGGAAAAGUGCCAGGCAGUGAAAGCCGUGGAGCGGGAGCCUUACACGGGUGACGUCGCUACGCUGGCCAACUCAGGAAAGAGGGAUUUUGGGGCGUCAGAUGUGGACACUCCAACACGUCCAUGCACCAGGCACGGAGGUGUGAGGGACCUCCAUGAGUCCGGCUUCAGCCUGUCUGGCUCGCAGCUCGACGACAACCUUCCAAAGAGAUCCUCGGCCAGGAUCCUCGCUCCUCCUGGAGGGAGGUCCAGUGGGAUCUGGUAACUAAGCAGGAGGCCGUCACGUGGAGCAGAACAAUGAUACCUGAGGGAAACUUAUGGCCAAGCAAGACACCUUGUAUUUUUUUUUUUAAUUAUUAUUAUUAUUAUUAUUAUUAUUCUGGAAGCUUAGAAUAUUAGUGGGGGUAACUGAGAGCUGUUUUCAUUUUGAACUCAGCAGAGUUCUUUCGGGCUGUAAAACAUUAAACUGCACGACAUUGCCAUGAUGAUAACGUAACGUGGAGGCAACCAAGGUAAACUGAAACUAAUAAAAGUUAGGAAUAUGACUGUGUUACCUCACUGUAAAAUACGAUUUUGCACUUGUAUCAUGUACUAUUUAGAUGCCUUUUUUUUUUUUACAUGAUUUAAUGUCACAAAUGUGUUUUUAACUGCGAUUCAUGGAUGAAUGAAAUGUUAUAAAUGACAACGGCGUCGGCAUGACAUUAAAAUGUAACGACCAAUUAAUGAAAAGCACCAUAAUACUAUAAAAGUGUGUUUAUUUAUGAAUUUUUUUUAUACUUCAUAUUUGAGCUAUUUCCCUUUCAUGUCACUGCCCCCACCCCCUCAACAAAUGAACCCGUUGAACAUUAGUUCACCGCCGUCAGGUCAUGUUUACAGAUUUAUAGAAUAGACUUCUGUUCCACCCCAAUGAAUGUGAAUGCUGUGUGUGCUGUGCACGGUGGCGACGGUGGCUCGUUAAGAGGACGACGACGACUGUAGUCAACACUCAUGUCGCGGAAUUCUUUGUGAUCGCGUACGUUUUCCACAAAGAGCAAAAAAACAAAAAAAAGUCUCACCUAAACUGCCUUUUUCACCGACACCCUCAAACUCACGCGCUGAAACUGCAGCGUUUAAAACUUAACGUUCCUCUGCCCGACACUUCCAAUGUAGCAUCACCACUGUGACGCAUAGAGAAGGUGAAGUGAUCGCCUUUAAUUAACCCAUGCUCUUUCUUCAGGGGGGUCCAUGCAUCCAAGUUCUCAACUACUGUAUUGUUUUUCCCGAAUAUAACCUGUCUUAUGAAUAACUGUCUUAGUUGUAUAUUUUUUGUGUUAGCAGGAAAGCACACAGGAUUUAGCUCAUGUUAAGACCUGCGACAGUAAAGGUACCACUUUAUUCUUUUUUUACGGGACAAAUUUCAUUUUUACAAGCUCCACUGAAGGUUGUUGUGUCUUCCUCCUCCCACAUGUACACUGGUGCUGAACAAUGUGUUGUCACAUUGAUUUACUUUUAUCUCCUUUCUUUCUUCCCUGCAGCUCUUUAUCACAUGAUUUGAGUGCAAAUAAAACCACAAGGAAAUCA